GUGGUAAUGGACUUGCUCCACAGCUCCGGUGUGAGCAGUACACACUACCUGCAGACCCACUUCAGCCACAGCCAGGGCUACUUCCUGUCAGUCUCCAAGGCAAUGGACCUACGCAACACCUUCUUCCUGCUGUUCCCCAUAUGGUUCCAUUUACAGCAAGCUGAAGCCAUCAGACUGGUGUGGGUGGCAGUGGUGGGAGACUGGAUCAACCUCAUGCUGAAAUGGCUUCUGUUUGGAGAGCGUCCCUAUUGGUGGGUUCAGGAAACAGGUUACUAUGGCAAUUCCUCUCAACCAAUGAUAAAGCAGUUCCCAAUUACCUGUGAGACUGGACCAGGAAGUCCGUCGGGUCACGCCAUGGGGGCUGCAGCGAUCUACUACACCAUGAUGUCAUCACUGCUUGCCACAGUGCUGAAGACAGAAGGACAUCAAAUCAGGAAAUGGUGUGUGCGUGUCUCACUGUGGACACUGUUCUGGUGUGUGCAGGUGUGUGUGUGCCUCUCCAGGGUCUUUGUCGCUGCUCAUUUCCCACAUCAGGUCAUCACUGGAGUUGUCAUAGGUAUCCUGGUGGCAGAAUCUCUCAGCCGGACCCAGCAGAUCUACGAGGCUGGCCUGCGCCCUUAUCUGCUUGCCUCCCUGCUCCUCCUCUCUCUGGCUCUUCUCCUGUACCUGUGCCUGCAGGCGCUCGGCAUCGAUCUUCUCUGGAGCGUGGAGAAAGCGCACAGCUGGUGCCACCGUGCAGAGUGGGUCAGCGUGGACACGGGCCCCUUGGCCAGUUUGCUCAGAAACACCGGGACUCUGCUGGGCUUGGGUCUGGGGCUCCACUCUCCACUGCAUGCACACGCCAGCAGAGCAGUAUUCGCCAGAAGGGCUGAGGGGGCCAUCUACAGGGUGAUCUGUUUAGGUGCAACACUUGUGCUGCUGCAGUUGUUCGACUGUGCUUUUCGGCCACCUGUCCACAGUGGAGCGCUGUUCUAUCUGCUGUCUUUCUGUAAAAGUGCCACGGUACCUCUGGCUACUGUGGCUAUUGUUCCCUACUGUGUCACUACAGCACUGCGAUACGAGAGGGAGAAGGUGCUAUGA